CAGCACCGCCAGCACCGCCGCUCGGAGCCGCGCGCAGCCGGCCGGCCGCCAUCAUGCUGAGCCGGCUCGGGGCGCUGCUACAGGAGGCCGUGGGGGCGCGGGAGCCUAGCAUUGACCUGCUGCAGGCCUUCGUGGAUCAUUGGAAGGGCAUCACUCACUACUACCUGGAGAGCACAGAUGAGAACACCCCAGCCAAGAAGACAGACAUUCCCUGGCGGCUGAAGCAGAUGCUGGACAUCCUGGUGUACGAGGAGGGCCAGCAGACGGCCGCUGACGAGGCUGGGCCCUGCCUGGAGUACCUGCUGCAGCACAAGAUCCUGGAGACCCUGUGCACCCUGGGCAAGGCCGAGUACCCACCGGGCAUGCGGCAGCAGGUGCUCCAGUUCUUCAGCAAGGUCUUGGCCCAGGUGCGGCACCCACUGUUGCAUUACCUCAGCGUCCACAGGCCUGUGCAGAAACUUCUCCGGCUUGGGGGGCCAGCCCCUGGGUCCCUCACAGAAAAGGAGGAGGUGCAAUUCACCACUGUUCUCUGCUCCAAAAUCCAGCAGGAUCCGGACUUGCUGGCUUACCUCCUGGAAGGGAAAAAGAUGAUAGGAAGGAAGAAGUCAUCCAGAGACACAGCCAGCCUUGGGGACAGGGACCCAGCCCACGGCAGUGCCCCCGACAGGGGCCCCCAGCGGCCCGGCGAGCCCCGAGGAGCGCAGGCCUGGAGCAGCCCCCCGUCUGCUGAAGUCGAGGAGACGGAUGGGGGCAGUGGGGAGAGCAGUCUGAUCACAGCCCUGCUUGGGCUGUGCAGGAGCAAGAAGAGCCGGGUGGCCCUGAAGGCACAGGAGAACCUGCUGCUGCUGCUUAGUGUGGCCUCUCCGGCGGCUGCCACCUACCUGGCACAUAGCAGCCCCUGCUGCCUUGCCAUCGCCGAGCACCUCUGCAGGCUCUACCAUGCCAUGCCCGCCUUCCUGGAUCCCGCAGACAUCGCUGCUGCAGAGGGCAUCAGCUGGAGGUUACCCAGCGCCCCAUCUGAUGAGGCCUCCUUCCCGGGCAAGGAGGCCCUGGCUGCCUUCCUGGGCUGGUUUGAUUACUGCGACCACCUUAUCAUGGAGGCACAGGCGGUGGUUGCUGAGGCCUUGGCAAGGGCCGUGGCACAGAAGUUGUUUGUGGAGACUCUGCAGCCGCAGCUUCUGCACGUGUCUGAGCAGAGCAUUCUCACCUCGACCGCUCUGUUGACGGCCAUGCUGCGGCAGCUCCGCUCCCCGGCGCUGCUGCAGGAAGCCGUAGCCUUCCUCCUGGGCGCCGAGCGGCAACCCGAAGCCCCCGAGGACGACCCCUGCACCCUGUGUGCCCACCUCAUCGGGCACUGCGACCACCUGUCAGAUGAGAUCAGCAUCGCCACGCUGCGGCUGUUUGAGGAGUUGCUGCAGCAGCCCCACGAACAGGUGCUGCACAGCCUGGUGCUGCGCCACCUCGACGGCCGUCUCUAUGUGGCGCGGGGCUCGCCAGAGCCUGAGAACUAUGAAGACACCCUGGAUCUGGAAGAGGACCCCUACUUCCCCGACAGCUUCCCGGACAGCUUCCCCGAUUCCAGCUUCCGGCCCUCCGCCAAGGCCCGGCCCCCUGCUCCCACCACCCGCUCUGGCUCUGCGCAGGAGGGUCAGACAGCAGUAACGGAGAUCGUCAACAGCUUCCUUUGCCUGGUCCCCGAGGAGGCCAAGACCUCGGCCUUCCUGGAGGAGACGGGCUAUGACACGUAUGUCCACGAUGCCUACGGCCUGUUUCAGGAAUGCAGCUCCCGCGUGGCCCCCUGGGGCUGGCCCCCAACCCCUGCACCCUUGGACGUCCAGGAACCCGAGAGGCCUUUCUUUGAGGGCCGAUUCCUUCGGGUGCUGUUUGACCGCAUGGCCCGCAUCUUGGAUCAGCCAUACAGCCUGAACCUGCAAGUGACCUCGCUCCUGUCCCGGCUUGCCCUCUUCCCCCACCCCCACGUUCACGAAUACCUGCUGGAUCCCUAUGUCAAUCUGGCCCCUGGCUGCCGCAGCCUGUUCUCUGUGCUGGUCAGGGUGAUAGGGGACCUCAUGCAGAGGAUUCAAAGGGUGCCCCAAUUCCCAGGAAAACUGCUCCUGGUGCGUAAGCAGCUGAUCGGCCAGGGGCCUGGGGAACAGCUGGACCACCAGACCCUCCUGCAGGGCGUGGUAGUGCUAGAAGAAUUCUGCAAGGAGCUGGCCGCCAUCGCUUUUGUCAAGUUCCCCCCACACGGCCCCCAGCUCAAGUUGCCCUCACCUCCGGAAGGGCAGGUCUGAGCUCAGAGGAGCUUCCUGCGCU